AUGUCCGCAACCUCCCCACCAGCCUCACCACUCCCCAAACGUCUCAAACCCAACCCAGCAUCCCCCACAGCACCAUCAAAAAUGGCAUCAACAUCAGCCAACCCAACACCAGAGGUGACGAAGGUCGACGCCCAGCCCGCGCUCCUCAUCCAGAAACUCUCAGACAAGGCGCGCCUACCUACACGUGGGAGCGCUUUCGCCGCUGGGUAUGACAUAUAUGCGGCUAAGGAUACCGUAGUACCAGCACGAGGAAAGGUGCUCGUUGAUACAGAUAUCAGCAUGGCUGUUCCAGCUGGGACAUACGGCCGUAUAGCACCAAGGUCUGGCCUGGCAUCCAAACACAUGAUCGAUACCGGCGCCGGGGUUAUCGAUGCGGAUUACAGGGGCCAGGUAAAGGUUCUGCUGUUUAAUCAUAGUGAGAAGGAUUUUGAGGUUAAGGAGGGGGAUCGUGUUGCGCAAUUGGUGCUGGAGAGGAUUUAUACACCGGAGGUUGUCGAAGUAGAGAAGCUAGAGGAGAGCGUUAGAGGGGCAGGAGGGUUUGGUAGUACGGGCUAG